AUGGCGUUUCUAGGAGGUUCAUUGCGCAUGACGAGGAGCAUCGACAGUCAGAAGAUGAUGGAGAAGAAGAGCCACGGCGGGUCAGGGUCAUGGCGUCAGGCGCCGGCGCCCGUGAGGCAGCUCUUCUGGAGAGUGAGGCGCGCCAUGCUGAGGCCGAAGCGCCGUGCCCUGAGUUUCGGGUACGACCACAAGAGGUACUCCCAGAACUUCGAUGACGGCCUCGUCACUGCCCACUGCCUCUAG